AUGGAUACUAGGUAAUACGAAUAGAAACCAUCGGUUCAAAGUUAUUCUUCAUUCGACUCUUACGUCAUUCAAGAUGAACAUGAUGGAAAUCUCAGUAUUCAUCAAUUAAAAGAAAAGCCUUUCUUCAGUUUCUAAGAAGCUAAAGAUCAAAAUGCAGAAGCCAACUUAAAUACUAAUGGUAAAAAUAACCAACACAAACAAAAAUAACCUUACGAAACUGUACUUCCUAAACAUAUAAUAGAUUCAGAAUUUGCUCUGCACUGAAGAGAAAUUGGAAUUGCCAUCUCAACAACUUAAACAAAUUCCUAAAUUACAAUAAAAUUUUGUUAACAUAAAGUUAUUGAACUUAUCCCAAAACCAGUUAACAACUGUCCCUCCCCAAAUAAUGUAAUUGUUUACUCUUUCUAUUUGAAUAGGCGUAUGACCAACUUGCACAAAUUGAUUUUGAGCAGUAAUCAAAUUAAUGUUUUGCCAAUCUUCUUGCAAACCCUCAAAUACUUGGAAUAUUUAGACAUGCAAGACAAUCUAAUCAAGGUGUUUAACAUUAAUCCCCCAGAACUCAAAUAUCUAAACCUGUCCAACAAUUACAUCGAAUAACUAUAUUUCCCCAACCUUGAGCAUUUGUGUAUCCAAAUGAAUUGCUUCACUGUUGUGCCCAAAGGGUUUCAUAAGGUGCUCUAUGGGAUGCAGUACUUCGAAUUCGAUUGGUUCAAGUAUUGCAAACCUGCUUUGCCAAUGAAGAUUAAUUUUGAGAAAUACCAGCAUAUAAAGGAUAAGUUGAUAUCCAUGUUGUAGUCCACAAGUCUCACAUUUGAAACCUUCGUUAAACUGUUGAGUAUCUCAGAGCCUAAUUUCUAUUAGACAGACUAUAAGUAUUUAUUUAAUUGGCUAUCCUCCAUAGAUACCGGAACUUGUUUUUUUCAGCAGGGUCAUCAAACGAAAUAGGGAUUCUCUAUAGUCUAAUAUAGAUAAUACCUGAUCAAAUAAACAAUUUAGAUUUUGACCAAAAUACUCCUUUGAGUGCUUGUUACAAUGAAGGUAAAACGAGGUAAUAAUAUACUUUAAUAAAGAUCAGUCAAAGUAUUAAGAAGUCUGGGUGGAAAAUUUGCUCCUUAAUCAAUCCACGUCAUUUGUUAAAGAGUAGAUUUAGCCUUUUUCAAAAUACUUCUCAAUCUUAAUGAAGAGGACAACUCAAUUACACAACAUACUGAUUUGAAUCUCAUUAAUUUCAGAAAUGUAGACGGCAACACUCCUUUACAUCAAUUGUUCAUGAAUUAUUCGAAGAGUCCAGAUGCCAAAGAAAUGGCAGAUGUACUAUUGUCUUUGGGGGCUGAUCCUAAUGGUGAAAACAAUGAAGGAUGGACUCCUUUGGAUUUGGCUGUUAGAAAAGGCUAAAUCAAUUCAAUUCAAUAUGCUGUAGAAUACAAUAAGCGAUUAUUUCAAUUGAGAUCACAUCAACAAUCAUUUGAUUUCCAAAAGAAGUCAGGUUAAAGUGAAUGGUCUUUGGGUCAUGUAGCUGCCAGUGUCGGCAAUAUCGAUAUAUUGGAAUUGCUCAGUCAGGUAUUUAUAUUGUAUAUGAUAGAUUAACAUAGAUAUAUUUUAAGUUAGUAAAUGCAAUAGAUUACCAAGACAUUUGGCAAUACAAAGUUUGACGAUGUUGAAAAACAUGAGAAAAUUGGAAAAAAGAUGGAUUAUUAAAAGAGUAUUGCAUGAUUCAGUAUCAGUAUCAUAAACAGAGAAAAAUGUUUAUCAAAUGAAAAAUCAAAUUGAAAAAAAUAUGAAUAAGAAACAUUAGAAUAUUGCUUAGAAACUCAUAGAGAAUGAGGAUGAUAAUAUAGAUAUAGAUAUUGAUAUAGAUGAUAACUCUUUUAGAAUAGCGAGUGAAAGUUCUAUUAAAGAAGUAGCAAGUGAAUCAGCUCCUAUAUUCCAAAGAUUAGCUAACAAGGAAGUCACUAGAAUGCAAUUAGAAAAAUAAAAUAUGUCUACUUUAGAUACUACUGAUUUUGCUGAUCAUCUGCCUGAAAUAUAGAAACUCCUGAGAAAUCAUAAUUAUGAGGUCGCACUUCAAAAACUGAAGUAUGCAUUGUUGAGUGACAUGCUUCCAUUGUCUGAAAGAUUAAAAUAUAAGGAUUACAUAUAGAUGAUUCAAUUUAAAAUGAAAUAUUCAAAAGUGGAAAUGCAAUCAUAUUUAAGGAGUAGUCUAAAUCUAACUUUGAGUGAAUUUCAAUUCAAAGGAAUUCCGUUGGAUUAAAAAUGUAUUAAGUGAUUAUAUAUAAUAUAGCGAAACUGAUUAAGGAAUUGGUAAGUUUAGUAAAAGAUCAAUCUAGGAAUGAGGCUUCAAAAAUUUAAUUUCAUAUAGAAAAGAUGCAACUUGUAUGUUAGAAUCCGUUGCUGCAUCAGGAUUUACUAGCGAAAGAUUUGGCAGCUAUCAACGAGUUGAGGUAGAGAUUGAGCAAUAAUCUUAUUUAUGAUAUUGCUAAUUAUGCUGAAUCCAUAUAUCAGCUGAAUGACUAAAUCUACUAUUGGAUGAAUACGAAUCAUGGGAGAGGCGAGAAACUAUUGAUCAAGUCAAACAUUCCAAACGUUGUUAAUUAUGAAUGCUUGCAGAAGAUGAGAUUCAUCAAGAAGGUGAAACCUAGAGACAAAGAUGAUGACAACAUCGAACAAGAUAUGAUAGAACCAGAGUCAUCUAUAUCUUCGUAUUAAUAAUUUACUUACAUUAUUACGCCCUUUCAAAAUAGCAAACGAUUCUGA